AUGGCCUUCCAGAACCCGCCACCCACAGGAAUGAAUGACGAGGACGAUGAAUCGGACGAUCCAAUCGACAUGUUAUCCUCCAAAUCAAGGACUAGAUCAUACGUGAAGGCAGGUUCACCUAGAGCCCCAUCUCAAUCCUUAUUGAACCCAACCACGGAUUUCCCCAUAGACAAAAACCAUGCUGUAACUUCAUCCAGUCAAGGAUUGGAUCUGCUAUCCAGUCAUUUUGGACAACUGCACCUGUCACAAAUCAAUUCCAGGACGAAACCCCACCAGAGGCAAUGGCCGACAUCUUUAACACCAGCCCAACAACUCAUUGUGGACAAAGCAUUGAGACCAAAUAAUGAAACAAUCUAUGAUCUGCCGGGUGCUAGUUGCGGAAUUAAAGAGCUUCAGAUUUUAUCAUUGCCAGCUCAAUGGAUCAAUGACGAGAUUAUUAAUUAUUAUGGCUCCUUGAUUAAUCUACAGUCUCAAAAUCAAAGAUCCUUGAAAGCAUUAGAUGUGCAUUGUUUUUCUAGCUUUUUCAUGAGCCAAUUUGAUCUUGGUGGCCAUCAGAAUGUUCAAAGGUGGACUCGCAAGAUUAAUCUAUUUCAAAAAGACUUGAUAUUAUUUCCCAUCAAUCUUUCAAAUUUACAUUGGGUUCUUGGUGUGAUCAAUAUUCAACAGAAAAGGUUUGAAUAUUAUGAUAGCCUAGGCGGAUCCAAUUCUAAAGUUCUUUUGAAGCUACGGAGGUAUUACAAAGAUGAGUAUCAAACAAAAAAUAGUGACAAUGCAGACCUGGCUCAGUGGACGGAUUACCAGCCUGAAGUUCCAUUACAAUCAAACAGCUCUGAUUGUGGUGUAUUUGUUUGUCAAUUCAUGCAUAGCCUGAGUCAAAACUCAAUCCAUCAAGAUGCACAGGAGCCAAUGUUUGAUUUUACUGCCAAAAACAUGCCUUAUCUUAGGCAGAAAAUGAUUCUUGAGAUCAUCAGCAAAGCAUUUCUUCCAGACAAUUCCCCAGAGAGCUCCAAUCAAGCUGGGACUUUGAACCUGUAG